AUCAUAGGAACUGUUUUCUAAUGAGCAACAAAUUUGGGAUGCCUAUGCAGAUGGAACUUCAUAAUAAAAGCAUGAAUACAGAAUUUGGACAGCCAGGAACAGUGAAUCUUCUAAUGUAAUUCCAAGUAGAUCAAAUGACCUUUUCAGCAAAAAUUAUAGUUUGGGUGUUGCCAACCCUAGGUGUUCAGAUGGAUCAGCCCGAAUCUCAGAUCUUUGGAAUUCUGAAAGUGACACCCUUUGGAAGACAAACGACUAUGAAAAUGAAAUGAAUCUCUCUUUUUGCUCUCGAAGAGAUAGUGAGGCAAGUAAUAGUAUCUCCAAUAUGUGCAAGCCACAAGAGUUGAUCCAUGAAACAAGAGCAGUGUCUCCAAACAGAACAGUUCAUUCUGUGAAGACUGCAACAUUGAUGCUUAAAGCUUGUCAGUCUUCGACAGUUGAUAGCGCCCGGAGAGGGCAGAGAAUACUUGAACUAUUGCAGGUUGAAAAGAUUGUCUUGAGAACAGAGCUAUAUAGGUUUCUUGUGAAUCUCGAGAAAGACAAAGGCACAACAAUGGACAGGAAAACUGUAGACAAAAUAUUGCAGAAGCUUGCAAAUGAAGGGCAAUGCAAAUAUAUAGACCUAGAUACAUGA